UCAUAUCACGAAGUUGGGCACGGUCACAUGCUCGGAGGCACCAACAUGGCCAACCGCGGUAAACUAGUCAGUCCUUGCGCGUUCAUCGCGCCAAACGUGUAGUGCAAACAAGAGAAAAGAGUACGCGGCAAACAGUAUUAACUGAACAGGAGGCAAUAAGAGGGAUCCAGGAUGGGGGCGAUGUUCAGGAGCGAAGAGAUGGCCCUGUGCCAGCUCUUCAUCCAUCCAGAUAAGGCAGCUUACACCUCUGUCCCGAGCUUGGAUGUGUGUGAAGCAGUGGACCUGAAUCCGGACGUCAAUGCAUUCCAGCGUAAAUUUGUCAAUGAAGUGCGUCGCUGUGACGAAAUGGAGCGCAAACUGCGCUACAUUGAAGCGGAGGUACACAAAGAUGGGGUCCACGUGCCCUCAGUCAAGGAGCCGCCACGGGCCCCCAAUCCCAGGGAAAUUAUUGACCUCGAGGCACACUUGGAAAAGACAGAAAACGAAAUUCUCGAGUUAUCGCACAACGCGGUGAAUCUGAAACAAAACUAUCUGGAGCUUACAGAACUGAAGCAUGUCCUUGAGAAAACAGAAGCCUUCUUCGUUGCCCAAGAGGAAUUCGGCAUGGAUUCUUUGACCAAGUCUCUAAUAUCCGACGAGCAAGGCCAACAGGCCGCGUCCCGGGGCCGCCUGGGCUUCGUAGCCGGCGUGGUGCAAAGGGAACGUGUGCCCGCGUUCGAACGGAUGCUGUGGCGUAUCUCGCGUGGUAACGUGUUCUUGCGUCGCGCUGAACUUGACAAGCCUCUCGAAGAUCCUACUACCGGCAACGAAAUCUACAAAACGGUGUUCGUGGCGUUCUUCCAAGGCGAACAGCUGAAGUCUCGCAUCAAGAAGGUGUGCACCGGGUUCCAUGCGUCGCUUUACCCGUGCCCGCCCUCCAACACCGAGCGUCAGGAUAUGGUCAAGGGCGUUCGCACCAGGCUGGAAGAUCUUAACAUGGUUUUAAAUCAAACACGUGACCAUAGACAACGCGUGCUCAUCAGCGUAGCCAAAGAGCUGCCGAGCUGGUCGAUCAUGGUUCGCAAAAUGAAAGCUAUCUAUCACACGCUCAACUUGUUCAAUAUGGAUGUCACUAAGAAAUGCCUCAUUGGAGAGUGCUGGGUGCCCACCGCUGAUCUGCCCAACGUACAGAAGGCUUUAGUUGAUGGUUCCAACGCCUGCGGCAGUUCGAUACCGUCGUUCCUAAACUGCAUCGAGACGGACGAAGAGCCGCCUACAUUCAACCGCACCAACCGCUUCACUCGCGGCUUCCAGAACCUCAUCGACGCGUACGGAGUCGCCUCGUACAGGGAAUGCAACCCUGCUCUGUACACAAUCAUCACCUUCCCGUUCUUAUUCGCUGUGAUGUUCGGCGAUCUCGGGCACGGCUUGAUUAUGGCAUUGUUCGGCGCUUGGAUGGUCAUUAAGGAAGUUUCGCUUGCUGCUAAGAAGUCUAACAACGAAAUCUGGAACAUUUUCUUCGCUGGCCGCUACAUCAUUUUACUUAUGGGCUGCUUCUCUAUGUACACCGGGCUCGUGUAUAAUGAUAUAUUCUCGAAAUCCAUGAACAUUUUCGGAUCAUCAUGGUACGUGCCAUAUGACAAUAAAACGCUGGAAAGUAGCCCUGCCUUCACACUGGACCCGAAUGAUUCAUACAUUGAUGUGCCCUACUUUAUCGGCAUAGAUCCCAUUUGGCAGACUGCCGAUAACAAAAUUAUAUUCUUGAACUCCUACAAAAUGAAACUGUCCAUUAUCUUCGGUGUGGUGCACAUGAUCUUUGGUGUCUGCAUGAGUGUCGUCAACUACAACUUCUUCAAGCGUCGCUACUCCAUCAUCCUGGAGUUCCUCCCACAAGUGGUGUUCCUGUGUCUGCUCUUCUUAUACAUGGUGUUUAUGAUGUUUUACAAGUGGGUCGCCUACAGCACUUUUUCCACAGACCUGGCAUACCAACAAGGCUGCGCACCGUCUGUCCUGAUCCUGUUCAUCAACAUGAUGUUGUUCUCGAGCAACGAGCCCGAAGCUGGCUGCAAGGAGUUCAUGUUCGAGGGCCAGGGCCAGAUACAACGCGUGUUCGUGCUAGUCGCGCUUUGUUGCAUACCCGUGAUGCUAUUAGGCAAGCCUCUGUACCUGCUCUCCGCUAGCAAGAAAAAGAAGAAGGAUGUCAAGCCAGAACAAUCAAAUGGCUCCGUAAAUCAAGGCAUUGAGAUGCAAGAGCAGACAGAUAUCGGUGAUGGGGAGCCUAAACCUGAGGCGAAACCAAGCGGCAGCGGUGGUGGUCAUGGUCACGACGAGGAACCCUUCAGCGAAGUCAUGAUCCACCAGGCGAUUCACACUAUCGAGUACGUGCUCAGCACCAUCUCGCAUACAGCCUCAUAUCUUCGAUUAUGGGCGCUCUCGCUUGCUCACGCAGAAUUGUCUGAGGUGCUGUGGAACAUGGUGCUGACAUUCGGUCUGAAGGACAGCAACUAUAUCGGCGCUAUUAAGUUAUACGUCGCCUUCUGCUUCUGGGCGCUGUUCACGCUUGCCAUCCUCGUCAUGAUGGAGGGGCUCUCUGCUUUCUUGCAUACACUACGUUUGCACUGGGUGGAGUUCAUGAGCAAAUUCUACCAAGGUCUGGGAUACAUCUUCCAGCCAUUCUGUUUCAAGACUAUCCUCGAACAAGAGGAGAAAGAAGAAUAAACAUUGUCAUCGUUUUAAAAGUAGUUGUAGUUUUAACACAAUGCGCUAAAUACGAACGCGAUAUAGAAACGUCACAAACCGAUUUAAAAAGAAACAAUAAUCCAUGUUAAACAUGAUCCCUUUAAUGUGCGAAAAAAGAAUUACUGUGUAAUUAACAUUAUUGCCUUCCAUUUGAGUUAGUACAUUAUUAUAUUUACA